AUGGACUGCUACAACUUUCCGGAGAACCAGACGCUGCUGAGCUCCAAGGCCUCCCGAGCCACCGGCGCUGCCUUCCUGCUGCUGGCGGCCUUGCUGGGGCUGCCGGGCAACGGCUUCGUGGUGUGGAGCCUGGCCGGCUGGCGGCCCGCGGGAGGGCGACCGCUGGCCGCCACGCUCGUGCUGCACCUGGCGCUGGCCGACGGCGCCGUGCUGCUGCUCGCGCCCAUCUUCGUGGCCUUCCUGACGGGCCGGGUGUGGCCGCUGGGCCAGGCGGGCUGCAAGGCCGUGUACUACGUGUGCUCGCUCAGCAUGUACGCCAGCGUGCUGCUCACCAGCCUGCUCAGCCUGCAGCGCUGCCUGGCCGUCACCCGGCCCUUCCUGGCGCCCCGGCUGCGCAGCCCGGCCCUGGCGCGCCGCCUGCUCCUCGCCGUGUGGCUGGCCGCGCUGCUGCUCGCCGUGCCCGCCCCGGUCUACCGCCGCCUCUGGCCGGGCGACGUGUGCCAGCUGUGCCACCCGACGCCCGGGCACGCCGCCGCCCACCUGGGCCUGGAGACCCUGAGCGCCUUCGUGCUCCCCUUCGGCCUGGUGCUCGGCUGCUACGGCGUGACGCUGGCGCGGCUGCGGGGCGCGCGCUGGGGCGCCGGGCGGCGCGGGACGCGCGUGGGCCGGCUGGUCAGCGCCAUCGUGCUGGCCUUCGGCCUGCUCUGGGCGCCGUACCACGCCGUGAACCUGCUGCAGGCGGCCGCCGCGCUGGCCCCGCAGGGCGGCCGCUUGGCGCGGCUGGGCGGCGCGUGCCAGGCCGUGCGCGCAGGCACCACGGCGCUGGCCUUCUUCAGCUCCAGCGUCAACCCUGUGCUCUACGUGUUCACCGCCGGGGACCUCCUGCCCCGGGCCGGCCCGCGCUUCCUCACGCGGCUCUUCGAGGGCUCGGGAGAGGGCUUAGGGAGCGGCCGCUCGAGGGAGGGCACGAUGGAGCUGCGAGCUACCCCUCGGCUCAAGGUGGGGGGGCUGGGCCGGAGCCACGGGGGCCCGGGGGGCAGAGUGGAGAGGGACAGUCAGGGAUGA